AUGGCAGCAAGAAUGGCUUCUCCAGCUGUGGGACUCAGUCCGGCCUUCACCUUGAUUAGCGCGUCACAGCCAGCCCAGCGUCUGCGAGCUGCGCCAGCCCAGACGCCCGUACAGUCCACAGCUUCCGCAGGGAGGCCUUCCGGGAGCUUCCUCUUCAGCGCCUCAGCCUUCGGUGCUGCAGUGGCCUCCGGACUUCAAGCCAGUCGCUUCGGAAAAAGGCGCAGUGGCACGGUGUGCCGUGCAACGGCCGUUUUGAACAACGCAGAGAAGCUGGCGGUGCCUGCGAAAAUCCUCGACCAUGUUGACAUUUUCAUAUUCGACUGUGAUGGCGUGAUCUGGCGUGGAGACUCUCUUAUUCCAGGCAUUCCGCAGGUGAUUGCCAACUUGCGGGCUGAGGGCAAGAAGCUCUUCUUUGUGACAAAUAACUCGACCAAAAGCAGGGCAGGGUACAAGUCCAAGUUCACAUCCCUAGGCCUGGAUGUGCAACCUGAGGAAAUCUUCUCCUCAUCCUUCGCUGCUGCAGCCUACCUAGAACAAACGAACUUCAAGCAGACGGGCAAGAAGGUUUACAUCAUCGGCGAAAAGGGAAUCGGUGAAGAACUGGAUCUCGUGGGCGUCCCCUGGCUGGGCGCAGAGGCAGACAAGGAUCACCAGCCCAAUAUGGGCUCUGGUGGCAGGGUGGAGGUAGACCACAACGUGGGUGCAGUGGUGGUUGGCUUUGACCGGCACAUCAACUACUACAAGCUGCAGUAUGCCCAAUUGUGCUUGAACGAGCUGCCAGGAUGCGAGUUCAUCGCCACGAAUUUGGACCGUGUGACCCACCUCACCGAUGCGCAGGAGUGGGCUGGAAAUGGAACCAUGGUCGGAGCUGUUUCCGGAUGCACUGGCCGGGAGCCUACAUUGGUGGGCAAGCCGGCCCCACUCAUGAUUGAUUACAUCUCCAAGAAGUACGGUAUCACGGACCGGUCUCGCAUCUGCAUGGUCGGCGACAGGUUGGACACGGACAUCGCUUUCGGCCGCAACAACGGACUGAAGACCUGUUUGACUCUUUCCGGCGUGACUUCUGAGGACGAGCUGAUGGACCGCGUGCCUCGCAAGAAGGGAACGGAAGGCAUUCAACCCGAGUUCUAUGUCGAGACAAUCAACGACUUCUACCCUGGAGUUGCGAGGUGA